AUGAAGAGCUACACGCUGGCGGACAGCGUGCUGCCGAAGCGCUUGCACUUGUCACCCGAGCAGGAACAGGCUCUGACUGACUUGGCCGACCGCAUUGUAGCGGAGACGUUGCAGGAGAACGAGGACUUUAUCGCCAACGACCGGCGGGUCGACGCCCGUAUCUGGAAGAAAGUCAAGUCGCGCGAGCAGGUGCACGUGUACCGGACGCGGAGGUCUGGCAGCAAGCACCGUGGCAGCAGCAACGACGUCAACGAGAAAGAACCCAGUCGUCCGAGACUGUUGUCCAACAACGCCGUUGAACAGCAUCAACGCGACGCCAUCGCGGCCGGCCGGCCGCUCGGUUUCGUGAACGACGAGGACGAGGACGUUCGCGGCGAGGAAACCAGUCGAACCAACACGCACAGCUCGACAAGCGAAGGCGGCUCUUUUGCACUGGAAGACAGCGUACUAGCGAAAACCAAGCCGUCGUACGUGCCGUUAAUCGAAGCGUCUGGCGUCAUGGACGGAUCCGUCGAGGACGCGGCGUUCGGAGCCCUGGCCGACACGAAAUAUGCGUGGGAAGUGCGCAACUCGUACACAAAGAACGACGGAUUUGACGGCCGGAAAGUGCUCGCCACGCUACAGAGACCUAGCGAGGAGGACCCGUUCCGGUUCGUCGGUGUUAAAUGGGCCACGCGCGACUACGGCACGUUCAUGACCCGGCGAGAUUUAGUAUUCCUAGAGUCGUCCGGCAUGGCGUUCGACUCCGAUGGCGAGCGUGUGUACUACAGCCUGGCACACUCGAUAGAACUAACCGAGGUGCCCACACUUGACCGGUUGAACAUUAUCCGCAUGAACCUCUCGAGCUGCUACAUCAUGCGACAGCUCAACGACGACAAGAUCGACGUCUACUGCAGAGGAUACUCGGAUAUGGGUGGCGAGAUGCCCGAAGGAUUCAGCGUAAGCUUCUUCUCGGCAGCCGUGGCUGGCGUCUCGGGCAUGGUCGAGUGUUCCUACCUCAAGAAGCUGUCGUGGUACAUGAGCCGCCGUCGGCAGAGCGAUUCUACUGGAGAAUCGCGUUCCAGUCACUGCGGCGUGUGCGGUAAGAGCGUCAAUAAGCUCUCCAGCCUCGUACAGCCCGGCAGCGGGUGUCCGAUCUGCAGACUGCCGGUUUGCAGCAAGUGUAGCGUGCAGAAGAAGUUGUCUAUAGUGUCUCCCGACGACGUCGUCCAGAAGCAGUUCUCCUUCUGCCUGUCCUGCGUCAUUGAAGCACGGAAGCUGCCGGCUUGGGACGUCGCGACGGCGCUGCUCAAGGCCACGUGA